AAGAAUAUUGCUCGUAUUUAUCAGUCGUAUUUACCUGUAGUUUAUUUAUUCAUGUAUUUUUAAUAAAAUAUAGCUAUUUUAGGGAACACAAUGACAUUGUUUCUACUUCAACGGAGGACCUCACCAUGAGGUGAGCCGACACCAUGAACCUGAAGACUGCUGAAGACCGACACGUUUGACCGAGGAGCUGUUGACACUGCCGUUGUCAUGGGAACGACUACGAGCGAGCCGUGUAUCUAUGACAAACUAUCUGAGAGCAUCGACAUCCUCCGCCAGUCGGGCUAUCGCUACGGCAUGUCGGAGAGGGAGAUCGAAAAGUUCAUCAAGCAGGUCCUGGAGACCAACGAGCCCAGAAGAGAACCUCCACAGUUCCCCAUACUGAGGGCCACCAUCAAGUUUGUUGUGGCUGUGGGGAUCCUGCUGGUGGUGGUGCUGGCCUUCACCUACCCCCAGAACGCCCCUCAGCUGGGACUGGCCAGUCUGGGCUGUUAUAACUGGUCGUCCCCUCUCAGCCAUGUCCGCCUGCUCUCCCUACCCAUCGCCAAGAAGUAUAACCUGCAAGGUUUCCACGAGUGGUGGAGCGCCGGUUCCCUCAGGCAGAGUUUGGUCAACUGCUCGGGAUGUGCCGAGAUCUCCUCGGUGCUUGAGGUCCCAGAGAGCCUCAGAGGGACUGUGAGUCUGCGACGGGGGCCACAGCUCGUCCUGCUGAAGGGUGGAGAGUCCCUCAGCGUCCAGAGGCAGCAGCUCGAGGAGCUCUACUUGGCCCAUCCGGACUCCAUGUCCAUUCUACUAGAGGAGGACGACGGCCUGCAUGACCAGAACCUCGGCGUCCCUCAGGGACCUGCCAACUUCACUUUGCUCUGGAGGUUCAGCUCUGGGACCAGGGAGAAGGUGUUGAGGUGGCUCUUCCCAAAGGCUGAGCUCUGCCCCCUGCUGGACAGCGCUGGGACCAUCCUGCAGCGCUGCCUGGUCACCCACAGCACAAACUCUCAGAGCAAGGGCGUCAGGGUGUUGGGGUGGCUGGUGGUGGGAGAGGGGCUGCCAACUGUUCGAGUCCUGCCUGUUCAGCGGUGCCAGAAACACUGCAGCUCCUUCAACCUGUGGCUGUCACCUGGAGACAUGGUGUACGCGGACCCUCGGUACUGGCAGAUGGAGCUGUUCCCCGGUCGUGGUCAGAACAUCAUCUGUGACGGAUCGACCUUUUAGCCCCCGGGCGUGGCAGAGUUCAGGACUGGGAUGCGACGCGCAAAUCGGCUUUGAAUGUUUGGUUGUGGAGCUCGUUGGCCUUUUUGUGUCUCUGCCCGCAGUUGCCUUUUAACACAGCUGGUGUUUCCUAUAGCACCCUUCAGGUCUGGGUCUCCCCCCACCCCUCGUCACACGGAGGUCGAUUUUGGAAAACGGUGCAGGCGGCUUCAUGGGUCGAGCUCAGAGAAUCGAGGCGUGGCUUUCUGACUUUGUGUUUUUGGUCAACUGUUGAAAUUCAUGCGAUUCUGCCACAGCUGCUCCGAGAGCGAUUAAGAAAAAGAACGUUUUUGAGUUUCUACUUGUCCUAGCCCUCAGAAUCACUGCCACCAAUCGCACCCGAUCAGUCAAGAACACCUCGUUUUUCUUUUGAGUGCCAAAGUAGACGACGAACAACCCAACGUUGUGAGGCCAACUGCGUUUAUUUGGCUUCUUUAACGUCGAAGAUCAGACUCCAAAAAGUUAAAUUCUUUAGGGAUUCACCACUUGAUGCCAAAAUACAUUUUCCUCUCAGGCAACCCAUACGAGACGAGAAAGUCUCCAUCAGCAAAGGAAGUUCUUUGAUUUCUCUUUGCCGUCAUUAUUUAAUGUGCUGAAAAGUCAAAAUCCAGAGUUGUGAUUUUCAUUUCAGUUCGUUUAUGGUUUUCUAAAAUGUUCAGCUGCUGAGCUUCGCCCUCGGCUCUUUAGCUUGUUUUGUUUUUAACGGUAAAUGUCCAGUUCACGUUAAAACAGCCACAGCUCCAGCUCCAGCAGUUUGCACAGCACUUUGUCAGCGAGGUCAGACUUUGCUGCAGGUUUAUACUCGGUGAGUCUCUGUGAAAUUAUUUGCACGAGGAUCAAAUCUACAAAUUUAAUUUUUUUUUUUUGUGGGGGAAGAAGCAGUUUGCUGUUUACAGUUGAGGGAUUUAAUAUUUAAGCUGCUACAAAAGCAGUCUUAUAUUAACUGAUUUUAAAAGAGAGAAAAGUUGUAAAAAUUUACAAAAUUAUAUUUUACCGGUGGAAAAAGCUUCGUAAAAUUUGGCUCAUCCCUGAGCAAAGUUUGAAACGAAGCAGCAGAAAGAUGCCUCUAAACACACACACAGACAAAUGUGGAGUUUUUAAAUAGUUGAUCUUGUGACUCCCGGUUUGUUUAGUGGAUUAUUUGGAUCGUUUUCCUUCCGAAACGUUCGAACUGACCCUUUAACGACCUCAAACUUGGCGCGCGGCCUCACACAGGAAAGAUUUUUAUUUACACGUUUGACAAAGCUGCUUCCUCUGACUUUAUUGUUUUGAUUGUACAAAUGUCUAAUUAUUGAUUCAGAAAAUAAGCUGUAAUAUAUUUUUAAUUGUUGCUAAGUUUUAGGAGAAAGAAAUAACGGAGAAUAUAUUUUGUGCAUUAUUGAGAAUUAAGUCUGAAUGUUGUUGAAUCACUUUGCCAAAGUUAACAUGUUCGGUAGAAGUUUCUGCGUUCUACAUCACUUUCAUCGCAACGGAAAGAAAAUAGUUAUUUGCAUAAAUUUACUUUUAUG